AUGGAGCUUGUAGUGGCCAAGGUCCUUUGCCUUCUGGGGGUGUUUGCCCUCAUGUUGGCUGGGAUUCUUGUCCCAGUGCGCCUCAUGAUUCAGGUGGACUAUGGAAAAGCUGAAAGGUACAGGAAGGCUCUUGCACUCUGCAAUUCUUUUGGAGGGGGUGUAUUUCUGGCCACUUGCUUCAAUGCUCUUUUGCCUGCCGUACGAGACAAGGUAGGUAGCUAUGUCUUGAAAAUAUUAGCUUUUGCAGAUGAAAAGGUUGAUUGGUUUAUAAAAUCUCUUUGUUGCCUCCUCCUAUAAUCAUGUCCUUUCAGAAGUAGUUUGGAAGACCGAAGCCCUGUUGAGAAGCCCCCAAAAUGUAUUCUGACAAUACGUCAAAGCCUCAACCUUUUUUGCUGUUGUAGAAUAGAAGCAGAAUGUUUAUGCUGAUGUUCAUUUACUGAGUGUCUCUUCCUUAGGUGGACGAGGUCCUUCAUCUGGUGACUAUCACCACAGACUACCCACUGGCAGAGACCAUGAUGAUGCUGGGCUUCUUCCUCACAGUCUUUGUGGAGCAGGCAGUGCUCACCUUCAAGAAGGAGAAGCCAUCUUUCAUUGACCUGGAAACUUUCAACGCAGGGGGCUCUGAGGCUGGGAGCGACUCUGAGUAUGACACUCCAUUCAUCUCCCCCACCCGGGGCUCCCCUGUGGGCCGCCACCACCACCAUGGGCAUCACCAUGGACACCUCAGCCCCACCGAGCUAGCCAGAGCUGGGCCUCUGCGGCUGGCCAGCCUGGUCCUGGCUCUCUCUGCCCAUUCUGUGUUCGAGGGGCUGGCCCUGGGCCUCCAGGAGGACGGGGCCAAGCUUGGAAGUCUCUUCCUCGGGGUGGGCAUCCACGAGACCCUUGCUGCCGUGGCUCUGGGGGUGAGUGUUGCCAAAGCUGCUUUGCCCAUGAGGGAUGCCAUCAAACUGGGUGUGACGGUCAGCCUCAUGAUCCCCAUUGGCAUCGGACUGGGCAUGUGCAUCAAUAGUGCCCAGAACCUGGCAGGCAGUAUUGCCUCUGUGGUGCUCCAAGGCCUGGCUGCUGGAACUUUCCUCUUUGUCACCUUCUUUGAGAUCCUGUCUCGGGAGCUGGAGGAUAAACAUGACAGACUGCUUAAGGUGCUCUUUCUCAUACUGGGCUAUGGGGUACUAGCAGGCCUAAUGUUAAUCAAAUGGUAA